AUGCCUCGCUACACCAUCACCGAGCCGCACCCCACCGUGGUCAAGAACAGCUACACCCACUCGGGUCGCGGCGGCGCUGGCAACUUCUUCCGCGCUCCGGCAACCACAGCCCCGACCGGCGUCCCCACCCCCGUCACCACUACGACGGUGCCCGUGUCUACCGGCCGCUUCUACUCGGGCCGCGGCGGAGCUGGCAACGCACAUGCAGCCUCCGAGCGCCCCGUCAUCUCGUUCGACGAAGAGUUCUCCAGGGCAGAGAUCCGCGAGAAAGCUGCCACCAUGGGCCACGUCGGCCGUGGCGGCGCCGGCAACGUAUUCGGAAGUGGCAGCGGGAGCAGCUCCAAGAGCACCAAGAGCCGCCGCGACUCGUCUAGCACAUCGGGAAGCGCGCGCUCCGGCUUCUGGGGGCGUCUCAGCAACGUCGGCUCCAACCACCACUGA